AUGACACAAGGAGACAAUUUCCCCCUUUGGUCUCUGAUCAGCAAACAUGCCAAUGAGCGACCAGAAGCCGUCGCUUGCUCAAAGAAUGAUCGAGUCCUUACUUAUGGUCAAUUGCAGUCCGCCUCAUUGUCCCUCGCUUCUCUCUUCAUUUCACGGGGAAUCAGUGGAGGCCACACGGUGCCAGUAUUUGUCUCCAGAGAUUUAGAAAGUGUGGUUUCAAUCAUUGCACUUCUGAGAAUUGGUGCCUGUUUUGUUCCAAUCGACGGAGAAUCUUGGAGUCAGUCCAGAGUCGAUUCUGUACUUUGCGCUGUUGAGUCCAAGAUUGUGAUUGUAGCCCAGUACACUGAGCUGAACACGAAUGAUAUCCCCACUAUUUCUCUCAAAGAUGUGCAGAGCAUGUUUGAUGAAAAGCAAAAUGUCGAACACGAUCUGCUGGUGAACAUUAAUCACACCCAAGCCUCAGAGAAACCACUCUACAUGAUCUUCACGUCUGGAACAACUGGGACACCAAAAGGCGUCGUGAUAUCUCGUGCAUCGGUUGAAAACUAUGUGAUUCAAGGCACCGACCAUGGGAUGCCCUUCAACUUGGGAGUCCGGGAGAGUGACCAAGUGCUACUUCUGUUCUCGUUGGCUUUUGACGCCGCUUGGGGUGUCUUUUUCAGUGCCCUCUGCCAUGGCGCACAUCUUGUACUCUCGGAGCCUGCAAAUGUGUUAGAAGACGCAAAGAAAUGCACCAUUCUUCCGGCAACGCCCUCGCUCCUGGUGACUCUAGGAGAUUCUGCGCAAUAUCCGAAGAUCAAAUCCGUCUUUCUAGGCGGAGAGUCUCCAAAACAGAGAAUUCUGCAAGAAUGGUGGAGCGAAGAAAGGUCGAUAUACAACUGCUAUGGGCCCACAGAAACAACCAUCUGUGCAAGCAUGGCUAGCCUGCGGCCCGACCAUCCAAUCACCCUGGGCGAACCAAUGUCCAAUACUCAGUUCCUCAUCCUCGAUGAUCAGCUCAAAGUCUGCGAUGACGGCGAGCUUCACAUCAGCGGACCCGGCCUCGCCAUUGGCUUUUACAAAAACGAGGAGUUGACAAAUGAGAGGUUCUUCGAUUGGGAAGGUUUGCGAGUCUUCGCGACUCGCGAUCGAGCCUGUAGAACUUCCGAAGGCAUCGUCUUCUGCGGCCGAUUUGACAGUAUCGUCAAAAACAGAGGCUAUCUCAUCAACCUGGAAACGGACGUCAUCCCCAUCUUGGAGUCCUGCACGGAAGUGCAUUCAGCUGCUGCUUUCAUGCACGAAGGCAAAUUGAUCGGAGCUGUCACACCAGAGAGUGUGGAUGUGACAGAGCUGCGCAACCGACUCUCUCAAAAGCAUGAUGCCUUCGUCGUACCUGAUCAAAUAUUUGCUCACAGCGAGUUCUGUCGCACACCAAAUGGCAAAGUGGACACGAAGGGAUUGCAGAGCAUCUUUUCUUCCGAAGCUUUCAAGUCAUCAGAGACCAGGGAUUUGAAUUCAUCUUGCUCAAAAUUGCAGGAAGCUGUUGCUGAGACCUUGGGCAUUGCCGCCGGGGCAGUGGCGAUGAAGUGCAGCUUUUGGGAGCUCGGAGGAAACUCCCUUUUGGCCAUCAAACUUGCGUCUUCCCUACGCCGGAGAGGAGAGUUGUUUCAAUUUAGUGAUCUCCUUGCCCCGAUACCCCUCUCUCUUUCGGCCAACGCACAGGAUGAACGUCAUGAUACCGCAUCCACCGAGUCCACCGCAUCAACCGCGCCCGCCGUGUAUGCCGCGCCCGCCGCUCUCGAAUCUCAAUCGCCUUCUCCGAUCACCACCACCCAAAUGGGUAUGAUCCGAUCAUCCAUUCAACAAGGAGCAAAGAGCUACAUGGUAGUAAUCAUUGAAAUGUCUUUGAAAGACGAGAUUGGGUACACUGACCGAGUGAGAUCUGCGUGGGAAACCAUCAUGCAGAGACACUCCAUCUUUUCAACAUACUUCGACAUGACCAGCGGCAAACAAAGAAUAGAUGACAGCUAUUCACACGACUGGGAACAUCAAUCGUUGCCAGAUAUUGACAUGUCUGCGGCUGCGGCAGCCGAGUCUGAUCGACUUUUUGAGUCUACCCGACGACAGGGCAGUGAUCUCUUGUAUAGGCCACUCAAUACUUUCCGAAUGAUUGUCAACCAAAGUGCAACAAAGGCCACUUUGCUUUGGCUUGUCCACCAUACACGCGUUGAUGGGUGGUCCAUGGGCCUCGUCAUCCAGGAAGUUCAAGAUAUACUACAAAGAGAACCCCUUUCUCCCGGUCCAUUCCAAUUCCCGCAAAUUGCGAGAGAGCUCCCACAGCACUUGGCUCUCUCAAUUUCUGAAGGGAAGCAGUUUUGGCGAGAGGCAAUGUCCAAGGUAACGGAAGCCACUCCAUUAAUUCUUCCGAAUCCACCGACGAGGACCGAAACUCAAUUUGGCGAGACUGCAGUGAUGAUCAACCUAGGCAUAGGCCAAUUUGAGCAAAUGUGUCGCAACACGGGUGUUUCAUCUGCGAGCGUGAUAUACACCGCGUGGGCCCUUCUACUCAAGUCUUAUACAGCACAGGACCAUGUGAUAUUUGGCACGGUGUUUUCUGGUCGUCAUUUGCCCCUGCAGGGUAUUGAGUCGGUCGUGGGGCCACUCAUCAACAGUUGUCCACUACCUGUUUGCUUGACCGACCUCCCCAAGAAAUCAGAUCUUUUGAAGUAUGUGCAAGAAUUGGUGUUGCAGAUUAUUUCACACCAAUGGCAUGCAACGGAAGCGCUGCAAGAGACAACGCGAGACACCGAAUCCCAGGCUUUCCAAACAAUGUUGUUUUUGGAAUAUGAUCUUCCCAGCUUCAAAAAUCAAGAAUAUUGGAGUUUCGCAAGACGUGAUGUUCCUGAGUUUGGGCUAACGACCAUCAUCCGGCGAGCAAACGAUGGUCUCGAGCUCAACGCCAUUUUCGACGAAAAUCUGUACACACAACCAUUUAUGGAGAGAAUGAUGAAUCAUUUCCGGAAUCUGAUCCUCGCGCUUCUUAGCCCUACUUGUCAGACAGUUGCACAAAUUCGACAAAGAAUGCUUGAGCCUUGCGAAGCCCUCUCUCUGAUUACAGCGUCCCGGGAUAUGACAAGCCCAUACAGUGGACCCUCCAAUCUCAAGGAGGCUUUUGAGAAGGGUGUUGAUCAGUGGACAAACGAGACAGCAAUUGAGUCCGGUACUCAAAAGCUUACAUACCGAGAGCUAGAUUCAAAGGCGAACCUUGUUGCCCAGGCAAUCUCAGCUCAAGUACCGCCGAGAACCGCCGUUGGAAUCGUCAGCGAUAGGACUCUCGAAUGGCUCGUGGCUGUCAUUGGUGUCAUCAAAGCUGGAGCUAUCUACGUUCCGCUAGACACCAAGUUACCCUUGGAGCGAAUGCAGACAAUGACGAAGACUGCCUCGGUGCAACUUUGGGUCUUUCCAAAUGAAGCAUGUCACGCAAGAUUCGGCGAUGCAUUCAACGGAAAGAAGAUACUACCUUGGACCUUGGAAUCCGGCUCCCAAGCAUGCAUUCGGUCCACCUUGAUGCCUGAGCCACAAGACAUUGCAUAUAUCACUUUCACGUCUGGGUCGACCGGAGCACCAAAGGGGGUUCGUAUCGAACACCGAUCAGUCGUCUCAUAUCUCUCAUACGGGCCAGCUCGAAUGGAUGCGCGCCCAGGGCGACGCCACGCACAAAUGUUCUCACCAGGAUUCGACGUGAAUCAAGCGGAGAUUUUUGGGACACUGUGCUACGGCGCCACGCUUGUCCUAGCAGACCCAAUCGAUCCAUUCGAACACUUGCAACAAGUGGAUGCAACCAUGAUAACUCCAUCCUUUUUGUCGGUCUGUGAACCAGACCAGUUUCCGAACAUUGACACCAUUCUCUUUGCUGGAGAGGCUGUGCCUCAGGUGCUAGCCGAUAUUUGGGCCGGCUCGAGAACGGUGUACAACUCAUACGGUCCCUGUGAGUGUACUAUUGGUUGUCUGUUCAAGGUCUUGCGUCCACUCGAAGAAGUCACCCUAGGCUUUGCAAUCCCUCGGGUUGGAGUCUACCUUCUUGACUCACAGAACCAGCCAGUCCCAAUUGGAGUACCGGGUGAGAUCUGUCUGAGCGGAAUUCAGAUUGCGGAUGGGUAUAUCGGGGCAGAUCGUCAAGACCUCUCUCGAACAAAAUUUGUCCCGGAUCCUUUUGCGGCCGGACAACGCAUGUACCGCACCGGAGACAGUGCUAUGUGGAACGAGGAGAUGGAACCGAAGUUCCUUGGUCGAUUUGACAACCAAGUCAAAGUCAGGGGACAUCGUGUAGAGCUGACAGAAAUCGAAAAUGUUAUCCGGCUGGCAAGUCCAGCGAUACGACGAGCGGCAGCCAUUGUGCACUCGGACAACAUAGUUGCAUAUGUGGAGCCUGACGCGGUGGACAUUGGACUGAUCAAUGCAGCACUUCGCACCAAGUUGCCUCGAUACGCCUGUCCUUCGGCGAUAUUCGCACUACCGAGUCUUCCAACGAUGCCCAACCAGAAGCUUGAUCGCAAAGCAUUGGUUUCAAAGUGUCAAUUCACGCAGGGCAAAGCCAGUGAGCCAUUGACACAUACUCAAUCACUGGUAGCCGAGGCUUGGAGAGAAGCGAUCGGAAUCAGCGAAGAAGUCGUGAUCAAUGCAGACUCGGACUUUUUGGAGCUUGGUGGGAGUUCUCUCAGUCAAAUCAAACUGGCGCAAAUCGUGUCACGGAGGCUGGGCUCCAAGGUCCCCUUGAAAAUCUUCAUCUGGAACACAGAGCUAUCGGCGCUCAGUCAAGCAAUUGAACAAUGGUCCCGAUCCACAGAUCAGUCGUCCCAAGUGCCAUUUAGUUUGACUUGGCCAACGACUGAGCCCCCGUUCACCAGCACGUCGGAAUCGGAGGAAGAGUUUGUUCGGCUUUCCACAGUUUUCCCUCCCCAGACCUUCAACGUUGGGUACAAGUUAGCGCUGAGGGGUGACUUGAACAUUGAACAGCUCGAGAGAUCGGUGGUUUCCGUCACAUCUCACGAAGCGGUGUUGAAAAGUUGUUUCUAUCUUUCAGGCGACCGGGUCUUGCGUGGGCAGUCGCCGUCUGCGUGUGAGCUCACUCGAAACAUAAUCGAGGGUCAAGAUCUUGAGGCUUUCACCAACCGCCCGUUUGAUCUGUCGACAGGGCCUUUGACUCGAAUCAAUAUUUCUUCAAAUUCCUCCGGCGUGGACAUUCUGAUCUUGCAGCACCACGCCGUCACGGACAAGGCUGGGAUUCAGAUUCUCCUCCGAAAGAUCCAAGAUGACUAUCUCCGCCGCUCUAUUGACACCGACACGAACAAAGCCCCAGCUGCGCGGUUGCCAGACUAUACAAUUUGGGCGCAGUGGAAGGCUGGCCAGCUCCGGAUUGACAGGGACGGCCCGAAUGCCCUGUUCUGGAAGGAUCGGCUGUCGAACAUGCCAGCCCAGCUGUUCCAAAGUCACGCACCGACUUUUGUUGGACAGUCCACUUCAUUUUCAUGGAGGACGAACGGCAAGUUCAGAGGCUCAACGGAGUUGUGUCUUGCGCUCACAGCCAUGACCCUCGCGCAAUGCCAAAAAAACCGCGAGAUGGUCCUUGGCAUUCCUCACGUCGAUCGCACCGAGCCUGGGACCGAAGAUAUGCUGGGUGUCUUUCUAAACCGGCUGCCGGUGCGGCUCGAUGUUGAGUCCACCACUCUGGACUCCUUCCCAAGCCUGGUCGACUCGACUCAGAUCUCCGUCCGAGAAGCGUUAGCCCACGCCAUCUCAUUCCAGAAUAUCCGUGAAAUGGCGGGCUUGCAUGAUUUGUUCCAAGUGAUGAUUGUUUACAAUCAGCGUGAGGACUCGGUGGGUAGGGCGCUAUCUCUUCCUGGUGUGUCUGUCAAAGAGCAAUCGUUGAAACCGACCGGAGCCAAAUUCCCUCUGCUGGUCGAGUUCACGGAGACUGAGGAAGCCACAACUUGCGAGUUGGAAUUCAUGGAGAACCUUGUUCUUCCGGCGACAGCUGCGCAGAUUCGAGAAGAGAUGACGAAGAACGUCAAGCUUCUGGGCACUUGGUUUGGAAUCCCAUGA